UAGCUGUACUGUAAUUGGCUGCGUAAUUAGCGCGUCCACUGACAGGCCGAGACUCUGAUUGGUUUAUUUGGUUCCCGGGAAAAUGACGAUUCUUGUGUUAAACUGAGACAGCUCAAUCCGAUCGGUCAGAUCAUGCAGCGCUGUAAUGAGGUGAAGCUUCUGCUGAAGAACUGGGAGGCUCAGUUCUUAAAACAACACCAGAGAAAGCCAAACAAGGUGGAUGUUGAAAAUGCUCCGGAAGAUAUUCAGAAGCUAUAUAAAGAGUAUAGGACCCUAAAACAUGACCAGGAGAGUGAGGCGUCUAGGGCUGGACCCUCUUCUGGGUCUGAGAUGCAGAAAAGCAGUUUGGUUUCUGAGAGUGAGGUGUCCAGCUCGUGGGGGGCCCAUCUCAAUCGUACCAGCGACACGCCUAAGCUUACUGUGAAGGAACGAGACUCUCUCAAGGCCUCUGCCCAGUACUUUGGGAUGAAACUUAAAGCUAAACUAGAAGGAUCUAUAAAGGAGCGUCCCAUUUCCUUGAGGAAGACUCAAACCUCCUACAUUAGGCAUUCACUUAAAUCUUUAGAAAGUGAUGAAAGAAAAAAAAGUGAGACUUCCUCUUGUAAAGCUAAAACUCCCCCUGAGCAGCCAUCAGACUCCCUGCCACUGUCUAAUGAAGAAGUUCCUUCAUUCUCACUGAAGGUUCUGCCCUCAAAACUGAACUCGCCCAUCUCUUCCUGUGAGAAGACUAGCAAUAAAUUUCACCAUCUUAAAAGCAGAGUCGGGGAACGAUUGACCUCGCUGAACCACGACUGGCUGGAGAGGUGUAAGGUCUGGGGAGAUGAGGCUGCCAGUACUGAGAAAGGACAAUGUGAGAUUACGGGAAGGGUUAGACAGCCUCAUGAUAUUUUACCAGAGAAAGAUAGAAUGGUUGAGAAGCCUUGUAUUGUCGUCAUAAGAGAGACCUCUGUGGCUGAUGGUGGCAUGACUUCACUUUCAGGAGAGAGAGUCUCUGUAAAUUCAUGUCUUAACAUCAGUCGUCGUCCUGAGGAUGUCUCUAACACAUCAUUCUUAUUUAAUCUAAAUGAAAACUCUGCAAAUGUGAAGCCCACAUCUGAAAGAACCUGUAUAUCUGAUAGAGAUGGAACAGACCAUUCACAGGUUCCAUGGCUUGGUCCUGACAAAAGUAAAGCAAAUUGUAAUUUGGAAAAAGUAACCCCAAGCGAGAGAGAGACUGUAGCCUCAGUGGUUACCCUGAUAGAGUACAAGGGGAAGAGUGAUGAGACUGUCAUGUUGCCCUCUAGGAAGGGGUCUCGUAGGGUCAGACAAAAACACGACCAGGUUAGGUCAGAACUCCAGCCAGAAAUGGAGAAUGCCAACUCUAGUGGCAACCAAAACCGCAAACGCCUCCUGGAGUCUCCAGAAAGGAAGAAAACCAAGAAAAGAAAAAUCUCUGAGUCUGUGAGAUCACAGAGGAAAAAAAAAGCCAAUGAAGUGGCGGAGGAAGCAUUGGAGGAGAGCCCCUCGGGUGGCAACAAUAAAAUGAGUGAGAAUCUGAUGGGCGACGUGGAAGAGGAGAUAAAGAACGUGACCAUGCACAUGGAGAGGAAAGUGCGUCCGGCGCAGAAGAAGACUGAUAACUUUGUGCGCAUCAAUCUGAGGAACAAAUCACAUGUUAAAGGAUAUGCCUUGAAAGGAAACAGACUGAGGAAGCAGAUGUGGAAACAAAAGUUUCAGAAAAAGGGGCAGCAGUUUGGAGGGGGCGCAAAGCAUUUUAAUCGUGGUGACGACACUUGUUUUCGUUGUGGCGCUACUGGGCACUGGGCAUCCGAGUGCACAGGAAAUGGUAAGCAAAAAUGUACAGUGCAGGUGUGUAACAGUAAUGUGUGUAAUUACCUGCAGUAUUAUGUGAGACCAGUACAUACUGAGGGAGAGAGUACAGCUGUGUAACAGUAAUGUGUGUAAUUACCUGCAGUAUUAUGUGAGACCAGUACAUACUGAGGGAGAGAGCACAGCUGUGUAACAGUAAUGUGUGUAAUUACCUGCAGUAUUAUGUGAGACCAGUACAUACUGAGGGAGAGAGUACAGCUGUGUAACAGUAAUGUGUGUAAUUACCUGCAGUAUUAUGUGAGACCAGUACAUACUGAGGGAGAGAGCACAGCUGUGUAACAGUAAUGUGUGUGUAAUUACCUGCAGUAUUAUGUGAGACCAGUACAUACUGAGGGAGAGAGUGCAGCUGUGUAACAGUAAUGUGUGUAAUUACCUGCAGUAUUAUGUGAGACCAGUACAUACUGAGGGAGAGAGCACAGCUGUGUAACAGUAAUGUGUGUGUAAUUACCUGCAGUAUUAUGUGAGACCAGUACAUACUGAGGGAGAGAGUACAGCUGUGUAACAGUAAUGUGUGUAAUUACCUGCAGUAUUAUGUGAGACCAGUACAUACUGAGGGAGAGAGUACAGCUGUGUAACAGUAAUGUGUGUAAUUACCUGCAGUAUUUUGUGAGACCAGUACAU